AAGCGAGUAUUUUAUUUCCAAAUAUAGGUCUGGUCUGGGUGAUCCUGGCUCUAGAAGUGCAACUUUGCGGCUGGGGCGCGGGUCGGGGGCGGGGGGCGGUGAGCGUCCUGGAGUGGGGAAGAACAGAUCCUGCCUGCACGGAUCACUAGGAGGCGGGACACGGCCGGGAGUUCCCACGGGUCGUGGGCGGUGGCGAGAUUGGCUCCGGGCAGCUGUCGUGCGGCUACGGCUACGCUCCUGGAAGCCAGCCUCGAACCCAUACACAGCCCCCCACCGGCCUCUUAGGCACUUAGGGCGGGAGGUUUCGUUGGGAUCCGUCUGGAGCCGAGCGGAAAACUUUUCCCUUCCCAGUCCCACGGCCUCUUUUGUCUUUCUUGGCGGCUGCGACGCCAGAGCUGCGAGUCCCUGACCCCGGCCCAGCGCGCCCCGCCUGCUGACCACCAAGGGCAGGCGCGCUGGGAUUCCUUGCUCCCUAUGGCGGCGGCCAGAGGGCCCCCGACUAGUGGGAGUCCCAGGCAGCUGAGCGCCCUCCCCUCAGAGGCUGAGGCUGAUCCGAGGGUGCGGGAGUAGGGACGUCCCCGUCCCCCCACCACGGUCCUGCACCCCUCGCCACCCGCCCCCUUGCCUGACUCAUCCGCCCCCGGUGGCCGCGCGGCAUCCGCUGCCCGAGCCCCGCCGGGAUGGGGAGGAAGACAGCGGCUGCCUGCGGCUGCCGAGAUUUCUGCUGAUGCCCCCGACCCCAACGCCGCCUCCCUCGCUAGCCUCCGGAGGCGCCAGACGUCCCAACAGCUCUUGGGGUGAGAGCCCGGAGAAGCGACUGUACCUCCAAGUCCCCGCGCUCAGGACAGAAUAAAAGACCGAGCUAUGAUAGCGACUGGUGGAGUGAUAACCGGCCUGGCCGCCCUGAAAAGGCAAGACUCAGCCAGAUCGCAGCAUCACGUCAACCUCAGCCCAUCGCCUGCCGCCCAAGAGAAGAAACCAGUCAGGCGUCGGCCUCAGGCUGAUGUCGUGGUCGUUCGAGGCAAAAUCCGGCUUUAUUCCCCCUCUGGUUUCUUCCUCAUUUUAGGAGUGCUUAUUUCCAUUAUAGGAAUUGCAAUGGCAGUUCUUGGAUAUUGGCCCCAGAAAGAACAUUUUAUCGAUGCUGAGACCACAUUGUCAACAAACGAAACUCAGGUCAUUCGGAACCAAAGUGGUGUGGUGGUUCGCUUCUUUGAGCAGCAUUUACAUUCUGAUAAGAUGAAAAUGCUCGGCCCUUUCACAAUGGGGAUUGGCAUUUUCAUUUUCAUUUGUGCUAAUGCCAUUCUUCAUGAGAACCGUGACAAGGAAACCAAAAUCAUACACAUGAGAGACAUCUAUUCCACAGUCAUCGACAUCCACACGCUAAGAAUCAAGGAGCAAAAGCAUAUGAAUGGCAUCUACACUGGUGUGAUAGGAGAAACAGAAGUUAAACAGAAUGGGAGCUCCUGUGCAUCAAGACUGGCAGCAAACACCAUUGCUUCUUUCUCAGGUCUUAGGAGCAGUUUUCGGAUGGACAGCUCUGUCGAAGAGGAUGAGCUUGUGCCAAAUGAAAAUAAGAGUUUGGGGCAUCUUAUGCCGCCUUUGCUGUCUGACAGCUCUGUCUCUGUCUUUGGCCUCUACCCACCUCCUUCCAAGACAACUGAUGAUAAUAAGACCAGCAGCUCUAAGAAAUGUGAAACCAAGUCAAUUGUGUCAUCAUCCAUCAGUGCUUUUACAUUGCCUGUGAUCAAACUUAAUAACUGUGUUAUUGAUGAGCCCAGUAUAGAUAACAUCACGGAAGAUGCUGAGAACCUCAAAAGCAGGUCAAGGAAUUUAUCCAUGGAUUCCCUUGUGGUCCCUUUGCCCAACACCAGUGAGUGUUUCCAGCCCAUCAGCAUGGCACUCCCGAGGAAUAAUUCCGUCGGAGAGUCAUUGUCUAGUCAAUACAAGUCCUCCGUGGCCCUUGGACCUGGGGCUGGACAGCUUUUGUCUCCCGGGGCUGCUAGAAGACAGUUUGGGUCCAACACAUCCUUGCAUGUGCUGUCAUCACAUUCAAAAUCCCUAGACUUAGACCGAGGUCGCUCCACCCUCACUGUUCACGCAGAACAACGGAAACAUCCCAGUUGGCCUCGGUUGGAUCGAAGCAAUAGCAAAGGAUAUGUGAAACUCGAGAACAAAGAGGACCCAAUGGAGAGGUUGCUUGUGCCCCAAGCUGCAAUCAAAAAAGACUUUACCAAUAAGGAGAAGCUUCUUAUGAUUUCAAGAUCUCACAAUAAUUUGAGUUUUGAACAUGAUGAGUUUUUGAGUAACAACCUAAAGCGAGGAACUUCUGAAACAAGGUUUUAAAUGUUUUAAAAUACAUAAUUUUACAAGGCUAUAUAUUUUAAAACUAUUUUCAGCAGUGGGUCCUUGUUAAAGCAUUGGUUAUAAAUAUUUUUAAUCAAAUGGGUUGUACUAUAUUAGAACUGGCUGCUUAAUUCUGUCAUGGAGGUAGUUGUAUGCUUGGGUUACAAGAUGCGGUACUCUCUAUUAUCACAUAAGAUUUUAUUUUUUUCCAUUCCUUUGAAAGCAUGAUCUCUUUUAUUAAUAUGAAUACAGAAUACUUCCACUUGACUUAAAGCUCAUUUUCUUUAUUACUUUUGAUUUUCUCAUUAAUGAUCAUAUUCAUAGAAUGAAGUGUCUGCUUUUGAAAAGGUAUACUAGGAACCAAAGUGUGGACUAGGAGUAGCAAAUUCAGGCCCAAGCCACAGUAUUUAUUUAUGAAUGAGUAGGAGUGCAAAUCUUAGGUGUGCUUUUCUGAAUAAUUGCUUUUGCAUAGAAUUGGUUAGAUUAUUUAAAAGGAAAAAGAUCUAGCUUCUGUGGGAGCUAAAUAACAUGAAUUGGUUUAGUUCUCUGUGAGCUAACUGACGUGAAUUGGUUAAGUUGGUAGGUAGGUAUUUGUUUAACAUCAGCACUAUUUAGUAAUAUUUUAUCAAGAAGCCAUAUAUUCAAGAGUUAUGGCUGAGAAUGCAAGAUAUUCUUCGGGAUAAGAAAUCAAAUGCUAUCAGCUAGAACUCUAAGUAUCCAGAAUCAAAAUUUCUUUGCAACUGACUUAAAAAAUGAAUGGACCAAUUAAGUUUUAGAAAUGCUACCUUAAAAUAAUAAUAUACAUGAAGAAAAUGUUAACUAAUGAAUUAAAAUACAUUGUAUGCUAGUUAAUGUUAACUAGUCUCAGUUCCUUUUGCUAGUCAUCUCUAUUAUCAUCCAAUAUCCACUCAUUCUCACGUUCUUAUUUUCCCCCAAUAUUUUUUAGAUCCUGUGUUUUGGAAAAUAAUCAGCUAAUCUUGACAUUUCUUUUUAUCUUUGCAUAUCACUAGCUUGGUGAUUUAAGAAAAUUCAGUCAUUGAUAAAUUGCCUUGAAAUUGACCUUGUGCUGGAAAGCCUAAUGAUGACUCCAGUGACUUUCUUAUGAUAUAAUACAUUUUGGGGAUUGUGGCUCUCAGUUAUUGAAGAUAGUAAAUAUUAAAAUGGAUGUUUCCAUCAAAAAUUUUUCAUGUUUGCCAUUAAGGUAACAUAUAAUUUUAAGAAUUGUUUAAUGGAAUACUUAGGGAACUUUACAGGUUUUUCUCAGUACCUAAACAUUUCUGAACAUCACUAUUGCAUUUGUUGUGGAAGAAGAGAAGGAAGAUGUAUUUCUGAUUGUAAGUUCCCACAAUUCCAUCUUGUGUUGGCGUCAUGAAUUUGAGGCACAGUGUUACUUAUUAGACCAUCGAGCCUGUGUAUUGUAAUAGAGUGGGCUCAGUAUUUCACCAUAAAGCAUUUAAUAAAUUUCUUUUCUUAAUAAAAAUGUGUGUUCUUCAUA